UAGACACUGUGUGCGCGCGUGUUCCAUUCGGGCUUCCGUAGUGACGUCAUCUUCAAGGGCCUUGCUAAUGUUUUGUUUUUUGUGUCCGAUUAGCUGAUGUCUCAGUUACAUGUCAAACUUGGAUUUAUUCCGCUUUAAUAGUAGGAGACAUCGUUAGCUUAUACUGAGGACACUGUUUAUGUAUCGACGCCUGAGUGUAAAAUAUGCCAGUCCACCAACAACCCCGAAGUAAGCCAUGCUAGCUAGCUAACCCCAUGCUAGCUAGCUAACGCUGCUUGCUGCUGGCGUCUCUGAGCUGCACAUGCCUCUGCAUUACUCUGUGCAGUAAACCCAUGUUUGUCCGACCCCUGAGUGCAGUGAGCUCUGCUCCAGCUGCUGCUGCUGCUGUUUGGAGACAGUGGUACUGGAGAAGUCCAUUUCCACUGAUCAUCACCAGAAACCCCUUCACUUCCCCCAGACCCCCCUGUCCUUUCACCUGGAGCGAGUCACGCAGCACUGAUCGGCCCAGACCGCUCCAUCUCUCAGCUGGCCUGAUGAAGACGCCUGACGCAGAGCCUCCUGUGAAAAGGAGGAAGAGCCUGGAGUGUGAGCGCUCAGGUGGAGGUGUGCAGCCCAGCCCCAAACGCUCCGCUCCGAGAGAGAGACGGGAGCCCAGUCCUCACAGCGCCACUGAUGCAGCGUUCCCGCUUCCUUCUGGGAGACUUUCCCCCCGCCUGGAUGGCACGGGGAUUAAAACAGAGUUAAAGAGGCAGUGGGAGGAUCUUACUGAGAGCCGUGCAAGCAUAAGUGUUGGACCCUUCGAUUUCUCAGUGAUGUCCUACAAUAUUCUCUCUCAAGAACUACUUCUGAGCAAUCCUUACCUUUACAAACACUGUAACCCUCGUGUGCUGGAGUGGCGCCAUCGAUUCCCCAACCUCAUCCACGAGCUGGAGCAGCACGCUGCAGAUAUAAUGUGUCUUCAGGAGGUGCAAGAGGAUCAUUAUCAGAAGCAGAUUAAACCCAGUCUAGAACAGCUAGGCUACCACUGUGAGUACAAACGCCGGACUGGCCGCAAGCUCGAUGGCUGCAUGGUGGCUUUUAAGAAGUCUCAUUUCACACUCCUCUCCUCUCACCCUGUGGAGUUUUUCCGCCAUGGAAUCUCGAUCCUGGACCGGGAUAACGUGGGACUGAUCGUGGUGCUGAAGCCCGUGGGGGCGUCAGGCUCGGAGCGUAACGUCUGCGUGGUCACGACUCACCUGCUGUACAACCCACGGCGUGGUGACAUCAAGCUGGCACAGCUGGCGCUCCUGCUGGCCGAGAUCAGUCGCGUAGCACGGCAGGACGACGGUACGACCUGCCCCAUACUGCUGUGUGGCGACUUUAACUCGGUGCCCGCGAGUCCCCUCUACACCUUCAUUACAGACAGCAAGCUGGAGUAUGCAGGCAUGCCCAUUGGCAAGGUAUCAGGACAGGAAGAAAGCCCUCGAGGGCAGCGAAUCCUCACGUCACCCCUUUGGCCCUCCAGCCUCGGCAUCUCCCAGCUGUGCCAGUACGAAGCCCAGACUAACGAACCUGAUGUAAAGGAAUCAGGGCAACAGGGUUCAAAAAAAGGCUUGAACAGCACCAGCAUUGAACACAGUUUUAAGCUGACCUCGGCGUACUCUCACUACCUAAAAGAGAGCGGUCGUCGCGAAAUCACCACCUGCCACUCACGCACGGCCAUUACCGUCGAUUACAUCUUCUAUUCUCCAGCGCAGAGGGACGAGUCAGGCUUUACAGAAUGCAGUGCUGCACCCCAGCGAGGCCUGCAGCUGCUGUCCAGGCUGGCCCUGGUCAGCGAGGCCGAGCUGAGAGAAGUGAACGGCCUGCCCAAUCAGUGCCACUCCUCCGACCACCUCCCUCUCAUUGCCCGAUUCCGCCUGCACUCCUGAGCACCUCGUCUGUCUGCUGCUGCGGCGGAAAUGUAUCUGAAAUUUACACAAUAACCUAAAAGUGACUGUUCAGUUGUUUUAUGCUUGUUGAUGAUUAGAUCUCUGGAACUUUGUUAUUCCUGCGGUUUCUGAGCGGAUCUGAUCGUUUCAGGUGCAUCACCCAUGAUGAUGCGAACAGGAGGACACAGACUACGAUGAGUUUCUUCACCAGCAAAACUGGAUUCAUUUCCUCUCACGUGUGUUACGUGACGUUUUUUUAAUUGCACAUCAGGUGGAUUUGUGUCCACUUCUGACGCCUGAAGCUGAAGUCACGGGCUGGAAAGACAUAGACUUGAACUGUAGAAUUGUUAUUAUUGGGAUUUUUAAAGACUGCCAUGUGUCCAUACCUGAUUUUAUUGAAGUUUACUUUUAAUUUAUUGGGCAUGAAGUGCAAGUGUCUUAUGUACAUGUGUAAUACGUACGCUAGGGCUGCAGCUAACAGUUUUGUUUUGUUUUUUUUAAACACUGAUGAACACCAUCCUGUGUAUUUGAAUAUUCUAGAAGGGUAAAUACUCAAAACAUUUAAUAAAUGAAACUCAGCAGAAUACGAAUCCUAUGAAAAAGACCUCACCAUAUUUGAGCUAAAUAAAGACUUUUAAAGGUGUAUAUAAUCAGCUUAAACUGUGUGAUUGAACUGUAUGUUUUCUUACAAGCUUUCAUCCUUUGAAAACUAGAACUCUUCAACUCUGGAAGCUUUCAUGCUCCAGAACCUCAUACGAUGGCAAUAACAUGAAUGAUGUCUCUAAAAACAGAUUUCAACACAAUAUCAAUCCAAUACUUGAUGUAUUCUAAAUGCUGCGUUAAGAAGGUGGAACACACCUCAAGUCUAUAGAAUAAUAGUCUAUAAAAGUGUCUAUAAUUUGAAUUUGAAUUAUUUUACUGGUUUCUAAUGCAUUAUAGAAUAAGUGGAGUGUGUCAUGUAUUAGUUGGAGCCCUAAUGUACAUUAUAGUACUCUUGUAUUAUUUUUUUUUUUACAUUGCACAGUACAGCUAGAGUUUUUGCUCUUAUCCCUUAUUUCUUUUUUUAAUCUGGUACAGUUCAAGUCAGAUAUUUUAUAAUAAACAUCUGGAUCAAACAUAAA